AUGUUUAAAAGAUAUUUAUCCAGUACGUCAUCGAAAAGGUUUACAAGCAUUUUAGAAGAAAAGGCCUUUCAAGUGACCACUUAUUCUAGACCUGAAGAUCUAUGUGUGACUAGAGGUAAAAAUGCGAAGCUGUAUGAUGAUGUGAAUGGUAAGGAAUAUAUCGAUUUUACUGCAGGUAUUGCUGUGACCGCAUUAGGCCAUGCAAAUCCUAAGGUGGCAGAAAUCAUGCACCACCAGGCAAACAAGCUGGUUCAUUCUUCCAACCUUUACUUUACCAAGGAGUGUUUGGAUUUGAGUGAAAAAAUUGUAGAAAAGACCAAGCAAUUCGGUGGUCAACACGAUGCCUCAAAAGUAUUUUUAUGUAAUUCGGGUACGGAAGCAAAUGAAGCUGCUUUGAAGUUUGCGAAGAAGCAUGGUAUCAUGAAAAGUCCCAGUAAACAAGGGAUUGUUGCAUUCGAGAACUCCUUCCAUGGUCGUACUAUGGGUGCUUUAUCUGUUACUUGGAAUAGUAAAUAUAGAACUCCUUUUGGUGAUUUGGUUCCCAAUGUCUCAUUCUUGAAUUUGAAUGACGAAUUGACCAAACUGCAAAGUUAUAUUUCCACCAAAAAGGAUGAGAUUGCUGGUUUAAUUGUCGAGCCCAUACAAGGUGAGGGUGGGGUUUUUCCAGUAGAAAUUGAAAAGCUAACCGCAUUGAAGAAAAUAUGUGAGGAUAAUGAUGUUAUUGUUAUACAUGAUGAGAUUCAAUGUGGUUUAGGACGUUCAGGUAAGCUAUGGGCUCAUGCUUAUUUACCAAGUGAGGCUCAUCCAGAUAUUUUUACAUCUGCCAAAGCGUUAGGUAAUGGGUUUCCCAUUGCCGCCACCAUCGUCAAUGAGAAGGUUAAUAAUGCUUUGAGAGUUGGUGACCAUGGUACCACGUAUGGUGGUAAUCCGUUGGCCUGUUCUGUAAGCAGCUAUGUUUUGGAUACCGUAGCAGACGAAUCUUUUUUGAAACAGGUCUCUAACAAGAGUGAUAUCUUAAAAAAGCGUUUGCGCGAGAUUCAAGCCAAAUACCCAAAUCAAAUAAAGACUAUUAGAGGAAAAGGUUUGAUGCUUGGUGCUGAAUUUGUCGAGCCACCCACCGAGGUCAUCAAAAAGGCCAGAGAAUUGGGACUUUUGAUCAUUACGGCCGGUAAGAGUACCGUUAGAUUCGUUCCUGCUUUAACCAUUGAAGAUGAACUUAUCGAAGAAGGGAUGGAUGCUUUUGAAAAAGCCAUUGAAGCUGUCUACGCUUAG